AUGGCUAGACUCUCCAAAGUCAAAGUUCUAGAGCAAUGCCAAGUCUCUCCCCCACCAAACUCCUGCUUACCUGAUAUUUCACAAACCUCUCUUCCUCUGACCUUCCUGGACAUACCAUGGCUCUUCUUCUCUCCAAGCCUACCUCUUUUCUUCUAUGAAUUCCCAUUUCCCACUUGUCAUUUCACUUCCACCGUCCUCCCAAACCUCAAGCACUCUCUCUCCCUCACUCUCCAACACUUUUACCCUUUCGCCGGAACCCUAGUGGCCCGGCCUGAACCCGGCAUUCCCGAGCUCGUCUACACCCAAGGUGACUCGGUUUCAGUGACCGUUGUCGAGUCAGAUGGAGACUUCGUAUAUCUUUCAAGCAAUUUCCCAAGAGAAGUGGAGGAAUUUUACACACUUGUGCCUGAACUAGCAUCAAGUAGUAGUUUUGUACCUAUUAGUAAUGGUACACAAACACAAGCAGCCAAACUUCCUUUGUCAAGUGUUCAAAUUACAGUGUUCCCAAAUUGUGGGAUUUGCAUUGGACUUGCAUAUCAUCAUGUCGUUGCUGAUGGAAGGACCUUCAACAAUUUCAUCAAGGCUUGGGCCUCAUUCUCUAGGCUUGGAGAUUCAUCAAAAGUAGACGUACGAUCAAAGCCCUCUUAUGAUCGUACGGCUAUUGUAGAUCCAUAUGGGUUGGAGGCUAUCUUCUUGAAGGAGUGGUGGAAGCGAAUUUCUUCACAAGGCUUGCUUCUUCUUGGUCCUAGUUAUUAUAAUGGACAUUCAACGAACGCGGUUAGGGCCACUUUUUUGGUGGACGUGGCCCAAAUGAAGGGCAUCAAGAACUGGAUUAUUGCUUUAUGCAACAAGGGAAAUGAGCCACAUCCGGUACAUUUAUCGCCAUAUGUCCUAACAUGUGCAUUUCUAUGGGUUUGCUUGGUCAAAAUCCAAGAAAAUUAUCUUAAUCACAACAUUUGGUGUGGUGAAGAUCCGAAUUAUUUUGGGUUUAUUGCGGGCGGGUUAACCCGUAUGGGUCACCCAGUAUCGCCUACAUAUGUCGGUAAUUGCGUCGGGUUUGGCAGGUCGAUGGCGGUGAGGAAGGACUUGUUGGGAGAAAAUGGAAUUGUUGUUGCGGCAAGGGCAAUUGGAAACACUAUUACGAAGCUAGACAAGGCAAUUUUGGGAGGGGCAGAGAAGUGGAUAUCUGAGUGGGAGGUGAUGUUCGGGUCGGAGCUCCAUGUUAUGGCUUUCGGGUCACCUAAGGUGGAUCUUUAUGAGACAGAUUUUGGAUGGGGAAGGCCCAAAAAGAUAGAGGAUAUUGGAAUUGAUGGUGCAAAAGCUAUUUCACUCACUGAGAGUAGAGACAUAUUGGGCGGGAUUGAGGUUGGCUUGGUCCUACCAAAGCCUCAAAUGGAGGCUUUUACAACUUUUCUUAUCGAGGGACUCGAUGCUUUUUCUUGA